AUGGCAGACUUCACCGCCGAAGACCUCAGGUCUCGCAACCCAACCUUCCAGACCGUCAAUGACGCCUACAUCUUGCCCAACGAUAAUGCGGAACGCAAGCGUCUCUUCGAGAUGAACUGCGCCUUCACCGCACUGUUCAACAACAAUCCCAUCCGCGCACCGGUACAAGAGCCCGUCUCGACCAUCAUCGACAUCGGCUGCGGCGGUGGGGCCAUGACCCGAGAUCUUCGCGCCCUCUUCCCACACGCCCGCGUCGUCUACGGCAUCGACCUGACACCCGUGCCGCCUCUGCCCGGAGAUGACUCCACCGCCGCCGGGCCACGCCUCGAGUUCAUACAAGGGGACUUUUACAAGCUGGCGGGUACGGAUCCGCGCUUGCGUCCGGGGAGCGUCGACUUCGCCUGGAGCCGGCUGCUGGUGUGCGGUCUCACGGACUGGCGGGGCUACGCGAAGCACGUCUUUGAGUUGCUGCGUCCCGGCGGGUGGGCGCAGAUGAGCGAGUCCUGCGUGGACGCGUGGUUUGAACCCGGUAUCAGUGCCAGACCCGAGGGCUUCCGAGCUAAAACGGAGUGGGAAUGGCUCCGGGCCACGAGGAAGGGACUCUCGAAGAAGGGUCUUGACCCAGACGCAGGGCUGAAUGUGCCCGGUUAUAUGCGUCAAGCCGGCUUCGUGGACAUCCAACAGGUGCCUCUGAGGAUACCGUACUGGAAGGGGGCUCUUGAAGAGCAGCCAGAGGCUAAGUUGCUGAUGGACCUGUUGGUUGACGACCCGACGUCCCUGUUCUGGCACAUGAUAGCGAGGUCGACGGAGGACAUGGGCUUCAGCAGAGAAAAAGUCGCCGAGCUCCAGCUGGACUGCCUGAGAGACUUCGCUGCAUACGGAGGAUACCAAAAAACAUCAUACGGAGCCCAGGGAGGCGACGAGGGAGGCGGCUUCGUCUACGGUGGGUCGCAACAGAACAGCCAAGGCGGUGGCAAGGCGUAUAGCGAAGAAUCCCUCCGGCCCGUGACGAUCAAGCAAAUCAUCGACGCAGAGGAAGCCUACCCCGGUGCCGACUUCAAGAUUGACGGAACCACAGUCACACAAGUAACCUUCGUCGCCCAAAUCCGCCAAGUCUCCCCGCAACCGACAAACAUCACCCUCAAACUCGACGACGGCACCGGCCUGAUCGAGGCCAAGAAGUGGGUCGACACGGACAAGAAGGACGACGACGCCGCCAACCUCGAGCCCGACGCCCACGUCCGCGUCUGGGGCCGCAUCAAGUCCUUCAACGGCAAGCGCCACGUCGGCGCCCACUUCAUCCGCCCCGUCCAGGACUUCAACGAGGUCAACUACCACCUCCUCGAGGCCACCUACGUCCACCUCUACUUCACAAAGGGCCCCCUGGGCGCCGACGGUGCCGGUGCCAACGGCGGUGCCGGCGGCGGCGAUAGCAUGUUCGUCGACGGCAACGACUCGUACGGCGGCGGUGCGGGUGCCGGCGGCGCCGGUGGUAACUCGGCCCACGCGGGCAAGUUGAGGGGGUGCACGGCCAACGCGCAGAAGAUGUUCAACUUCAUCAACAACGCCCCCGGCGGGAACGAGGGCGUGCACAUCCAGCAGAUCUCGGGCGGCGCGGGGAUGAGCAUGCGGGACGUCAUGGGUGCGGCCGACGAGCUGCUCGGCCAGGGUCUGAUUUACACCACCAUCGACGACGAGACGUGGGCUAUCCUCGACUACUGA